AUGUCUAGUGUUCUGAAAUUAUUGAUUUGUGUGGGCUUGGUUUUGACCACAACCGCCUCAACCAAAGAAAGGAGAAAAAGGACCUUGGUAGAUUUGGCUAAUCCGCUCGCUGUACCAUGGCAAUACCAGAAUAAUUGGCAACUCAGACCCACGCCAAAUGUUGGUGUUCCCCUCUAUGAUAUAUUGAGAGUAAACAACUAUGAACAGAAUGCAGGAGUUAACCCAAAUGGCCAAGUACAGCAACUCAACAUGUACUACAACGUAGAACAACCAUCCACUCAAAAUUUCAUCCCAAACAUUCAACAACAAGGCUAUAUUUAUCCAGGAGAAUAUAGAACAAUAAAUGUUGAUUCCUUAUCGAACAUACAAGAACGCCCAGUAGAUUUACAGAGCCAGCAGAGCCAACCUGGAAUAACUGGAGAUUACAGGGGUAUUCAGGAUUAUCAAAAGUUAGUAGGAAGCAUCAACAGAUAUUCUGUUCUGUCAAGCUAUCUCAACAGUCAGUCAAACCCUCAGAUCCCAAAUCAACCUAUCAGUUCUCUCCAGGAAGGUAAUUUGAACGAACAAAACAUUUUAGGUUAUAAUCCAUUGAUUAAGAAUGGUCAGGGUUUGAUUGAUGAAGGAAGGCUUUCACAGUUAUCGAAUGACUAUAGAUCUAAACAGAUCCAACAAGGAAACAUUCAACAAGGAAAUAUUCAACAAGGAAACAUUCAACAAGGAAACAUUCAACAAGGAGACAUUGAAUCGCAGUUGAGGAGCAAUGCUGGACUUAAUACUGAUUUCGGAAGGUAUACUCAAGUAUCUGAUGAAAGGCAGAAGAAUAUAAUUCAGGGAGGACUCUUAGGAAACAGCAAUGAAGGAUUAAGCUCACAGUUGUUGAGGAGUGAGAUUUCUAGGCAAGUUCUCCAAGGUAACAACCAACAGCAAGAUGUUAACCAAAACGUGAAGCAGUUCAUAAUUAAUGCAGAAGACAUCUCUGAUAUUGGAAGCUCAAAUCAAGUACUAAAUGAAAGACAGAAGAAUGGAAUUCAGGUAAGACCUUCUGGACAAAUCAGUAAUAACCUCAAUGCACAGCUGUUGAGUAAUGAAAGGUCUAAGCAAGUUCUUCAAGGUAACAUCCAACAAAGAGAUGUCAACAACAAUUUACAGCAAUUUGGGUUUAAUGCAGAUUCAAAUCUUGGUUUGAGAUAUAAUAAGCAAGUGCCUACUGGAAGCCUAAGAAAUGGUGGUUAUCUUCAAGAAACAGCACAAGCUUCAAGACAGAGAAUUAUUGACCAGCUCAGGCAGAAUGAGGUUCAACAAAACCAAGGCAAACUUUUAGGUGGACUUGCCCAACAACAAUUGGGUUCUAACCAAGGGAAGAUUUUGGGUGAACUUGCACAACAACAGUUGAGUUCUAACCAAGGAAAACUUUUGGGUGAACUUGCCCAACAACAGUUGAGUUCUAACCAAGGACAACUUCAGGGUGAACUUGCACAACAACAGUUGAGUUCUAACCAAGGAAAACUUUUGGGCGAACUUGCACAACAACAAUUACGUUCUAACCAAGAUAGGCAGCAAGCAAUUCAGGCAUCUCUUAAAGAUACACAAGCAGAUUCUGGAGCAUCAGUGAACGCCAAUCAACCUCAAGCUCAACCUCUCGGUCCAGGUCGUUACACUUACAGUGAAUUGAGUGGUAAAAUUAUGAAAGUCCUACAAUCCAACCCUUCAAUGAUGUCAAACUUUGGUGAUCUCGUCGACCAAUUGCUCAAUGGUUCUGGAAACCCUCAGAUAAAGCUUCUCAAGAAUUUGUUGCAAGAAAUUGGUAAAUACACAGUAGGCGCUCAGGAUACCAGGCAGUCUUCUCAACAACAAGGUGCCCAGAAUCCACUGGUGAGGAAUCUCAUUGAGGUUAUGAACAAAAGCGGAGUCAACCAAAACAAUUUGCUUUCGAAAGGAGGUAGAUGGAGGUAUUGAUUUAACAUAGAUCUCAAGAAAUAAAUUAACGCUUUGCGUUGAAUUGUUGCUGUUAUGAUUCGGUUCGUUUGAAUUUUAUAAAUUUUAUUUUGUGA